UUCCCUUCCCUUCCCUUCCAAACAGUGACCUCCACAACCCAACACCACCACCGCCACCCAAGAAGGCAAGAACCAAGAGAGAGAGAGAGAGCAAGCAAGGAGGUGAGGUGAGGUGAGGUGAGCAUGGCAGGCGAGGCGGAGCGGUGGGUGGGUGCGGCGGUGGACUUCUCGGAGGGGAGCCGUGGGGCGCUGCAGUGGGCGGCGGACAACCUGCUCCGCGCCGGCGACCACCUCGUCCUCCUCCACGUGCUCAAGGACCCCGACUACGAGCAGGGCGAGACCCUCCUCUGGGAGGCCACCGGCUCACCAUUGAUCCCCCUCUCGGAUUUCUCUGAACCUACAAUUGCAAAGAAAUAUGGAGCAAAGCCUGAUGCAGAAACAUUGGACAUGCUUAAUACUGUAGCCAGGCAGAAAGAGGUGGUGGUGGUCUUCAAAGUCCUCUGGGGAGACCCCCGUGAGAAGCUAUGCCAAGCUAUCAACGAAAUCCCCAUGAAAUGCUUGGUUAUAGGAAGCAGGGGUCUUGGUAAACUCAAGAGGGUGCUGUUAGGCAGUGUCAGCGACUACGUUGUGAACAAUGCCACCUGCCCAGUCACAGUUGUCAAGUCAGCAGAUAGCUGAUCCUAUCAUCAAAAAUAUCCAUGUGUUGCAUAAUCUGCAUAGCUUUUAUCCCUCUAUCUGAAACAUACUGAACCACCAUGCAGUGUAAUUGUAAUAAUAGACAGUCAGUUGAAGAUACUCAGCUGUACUUUGUGCAUGCACCUUCUGUACCUGGUCAAAACUUUUUUUUUUCCUGCUUUUCAACACCGAAUAUCUUGCCAGUGUAUGCUUCAUCCAAGAUCAUUCAAGAGUUCAGGGCCAUCAUUGUGUUUUCUUGAUCGUU